AUGACCGACGUCUCAUCAGCCAGGACGCGUUCGCCGCUUUCCGAAGCCACGCAUCGCAUCAACGCGUCCUACGGACCCUCAGGCCAGGAUCCCAAGGCUAGAUAUGUCGAGGCCAACACCCAGGCAUACAACUACAAUUAUAGCGUAGCCUCUCAACCCGAUAUCCGUGUCACAGCGCCUCUGGCCUCGAACCCGCCGGCCGUCAUGAGGACACCCAAAGAAUCGGAUGACUCUAAGCGCCUCUCCCAGGCAUCGUGUGACUCGACGUCGAGUGGAAGGAGCAAGAAGAACUACAAGACGCACAUCGGGCCAUGGCAGCUUGGAAAGACGCUGGGAAAAGGCUCGUCCGCCCGCGUCCGCCUCUGCCGCCACAACAUCACAAACCAGCUCGCCGCCGUCAAGAUUGUCAACAGGCGAAUGGCCUACCUCGUACAGGACAGCAGUAUGGCUGCCCUCAGCAAGUGGGACAGCAGCCUACCGGAGCAGGCAGACGGGGAGAUGCGUGUGCCCAUGGCCAUCGAGCGAGAAGUGGCCAUCCUCAAGCUCAUUGAGCAUCCUCACAUCAUGAAGCUCUACGAUAUUUGGGAGAACCGAUCAGAGAUGCCCAACGAUCAGAAGGCUUUCUACUGGCUUCUGUUCAACUACCGUAAUAAGCAGCUCGAGGACUUCAAGCCUGAGCUAUCUCCCUCAAUGAGCGACUACCAUCACCUGAAGCCGGCUUCGUGGAAGAAGCGCGUAUCGACGCGCAAAUUCUCACAGCCGCGUUCUGGUGGCCACGGCCGCUCUGUGUCACGCUUCACCGUCAUCUCCAAUGCUGCGGAGAACGAGACUGAAGGCGCGCAAGGGUACGACCCAUACAGGGAGAGUCGGGCACAGCAGCCUGACGACUCUCAGAACGGCCACACCAAGGUGACAGUCCACCGUGACCAAGCCGGCUCUCAAAGCACGCGCAGGCGCAGCAACUCCAACCCUCGGCGGGGACGUUCUACGUCGGUGUCAUCAAACACCGGCCGCUCGCCGUCAAGAGGGUCGAUGAUGUCUCUUCGGAGCAACCGGCACGGAACACCUCGCGCCCGCCCAAGCCUGCGACACAAGAGGGGCGUGGACUUUUCUCACGUGCGCAAGAAGUCUGGCGGCUCUUCCACUCCGGCUCGCCAAGGGUCGACGAGGCGGUCCCCGUCGCAGCUCCUGGUGAAUCAGGCGGCCCGAGAAGAGAUCUCGCGUUCCGAGUCGCCGGAACCACAGCGGCAAGCCAACGGCAACUACCCCAAGGCCAAGGGGGCACCGGCCCGGGUGGUGAACAAGGACUCGAGCACCCUGUUCAUGGAGGAGCUGCGGCACUUCAGCAGCAACAUCGCCAAGGACUGUGACGAAGCCUUUGGCAGCUCCCUGAUCGAAGACGACUCCGUGGGCGGCGGCAGGCAACGUGGGGAGUCACCGCUCGCGUUCAACCUCGGGGCCAGCUCCGGGCCCGCACCCAAGGCGGCUGCGCCGACGCCCAAGCCCUGGGACCUGCGGCCGCUGCCGGGCCUGCCAUCAGACCGCACGCUGUACAGCCCAUCAGUCGACGCGAUGGAGGAUGUGGCGUAUGACAUGGACGACGACCACGUCCCCGUCGAGCAGGUUGCCCGCCUGGCGGUGACGGUAUCGGUCGGCGACCGGCGGGUCGUGUCGGCACCGGUGCCGACGCAGAGCCGCAGGAGGCUCGCGGGCCUGCCGUCGAUCACCGAGGAUAAGGCUGUCAACGUGGUGAGCAACGGCGACAAGGCGCGCAUCGUGUCGGCGCCGCCCAACACGCCACCCAAGAACAAGGACGACGGCCAGGCCGAGGGCAUGGAGUACCUGACACGGGUGGAGAACUCUAUCCGCGUGGUCGAGUCUCCCUCGGCAGCGGCUGCUAGCCGGUCGCUGAUGCCCAAGCUCAACAACCUUCGCAAGAAGCCGUCUUCGGCCUUGGCCAACGGCGAAGGACCGAUCAGCCGACAGACGUCGACGUCGGAGCACGAGUACGGAGGCAGCUACAAGGGUAGCUCCAACGACUCGCAGAACAGCACGAUGAAGCGCAAGGCCUGGUUCAAGCGCAUCUCCAAGGCGACGGUGGACAGCCAGGGCUCCCACGACCAGACGACACUGGUCGGGUCAGAGGGCGAAGGGGAAGCCGAGGAGGGCGGCGAAGCAGCACACCACGGCGACGGCGGCGGCAGCAGCAGCAGCAGCGGCGGCGAGGGCACCCACAGCUCGGAGACGACGGCGCCCAGGAAGAAGGCCUUCAACUUUCCAUUCUUCAAGGGCAAGAACCUCGCAUCGUCCGACGGCAAGUUCACGUCCCUCGGUGCCGGAGGGGGGGGCAAGACGGCCGGCAAGCCGGCGUGGGCUGGUGGCGAGCAGCCGCAGAAGCCUGGCAGCAGCAGCCUCGAGAUGAGGAAGAUGCUGUACCGCAAGAAGACGUCGUCGUCGGCGUCGGGGACGAGGCCAGGGAACGAGCUGAGUGCCAGCGACAGCAGCCGUAACAUUGAGGUGAAGCAGAGCUGGCUGGCUCGUCUGUUCCGGGUCAAGCCGGCAACGGAGCAUCUGUGCAUGACGAUGUCGCGGAAGAAGGCAAGGAAGCAGGUGGCCAAGCUGCUUCGUGAGGGGAGACGGUACGGCAUCAGGGAUGUGCAGGUCGACAAGGAUCGGAAUAUCGUGUUUGCUCGGGUCGGAGCACCGAACUACCUCAACCUGAAGGAAGUAUCAUUUGCAGCGGAAAUCAUGACAGUCAUCGAGCACGGAAAGAAGCAGCCUCUCAGCAUCGUGAGGUUCACACAGGAGCGCGGCGCGGCGAGCAGCUUCCAUAGCGUGGUGGCUACGAUGAGGUUGGUGUUUGACAGUCGGGGUGUUCUUGUGAAUGACAGGAACAAGGAGAAGAUGAUGAUGAAGACUCUGAACUCGUAA